AUGCAACGAAUAAGUCAGUUAAUCUCUCUACUUGCACUAAUAAAAGGGAAAGGAGCUUCUGCUCCUCGACAACCAUCAAACCGGAAAUCCCGUCAACAGUCCAAACCUCCCAUUUCUAAUGGUAGGAAGCAUGCUGAUCUUAAAAGCGCUCCUAAGGUAGCUCUCUCGGCGAGAAGAUGGAAGAAUGUCAACCGGGCUAUCGAAAAGACAGUAGAUAUAGUCUUAAGCAGGAAUAUAGCUCUCGACGGCUUUGGACCUAGCUACUGGGAAAUGGACGAAGGCUACGCAGUAGCUCUCAAGAGGCUUAGAAAAUUGGCUCGUGAUGGUGCACAAAAGGAGUUCCAGUUUCCAUUCAGGGGUAAUGGAGUCUGGUUUUGGUUCAAAGCCACCCAGCUGAUGACUGGAAACCUGAAAGCCGGUACCUUGCCGGAUCCUGACAUAGCUCUUCAGAAGAGGGUUGAUGAAGCAGGCCAUGCUGCUGGAGAAGAUGGACCCUCUCAUCAAAAAAGGCAGAUAUUGCUGAAGAAUCACCGUAUGAGUUAG